CAAAGCUAGCUGCCUCCCAUCAACAUGGCCCUCCAAGCUCCAAUCAUAAACAUGGCGUCCCUGGGCAGCAGAGCUGCCGGCCGUCGUCCCACGGUGCUCCAGCAGAUCGCUCUCUUCGUCGUAGUCGCGGCGGUCAUUAUGAACAGCUCCGUCUGGGUUGAAGCCGCCGGCCACGACGCCGCUGUAGUAGGCACUGACCCUAACCACCCUGCUUUCCCGUCGCCGCCUGGUAAACCCUACACCGGCGGCCGUGGGUGCCGUACAAUUUACGGAUGUCCUGAUGUACCACCGGCGGGUGGCCAGCCCUAAUUACACCGGCGCACAGACCAAUCUGUCAAAACAAUGCAAGGAUCGAUCGACAUAUGUAGCUGAACGGCGACCUAGAUGCAUAUACUAUAUGCAUGCAUGCCUCUUAUACACGAGCAAUACCGUCUCGUGAUGUACUCGUACCUAGUACUUAGACUCGAAUAAAACUGGAUUAUUACGUGUCUGGAUUUUGAUGUGAAUCCAUAUGGUCAAUUUUCGUGAAGAUAAAAUUAAGUUCGGUUCGGAACUUGCAGGCAUGUAUCGCUGGAUAGUGAGUAAAUUAAAUUUGCGGUAAAGCCAGGUACUAUACUGAAGAGUACCUGAAAGCUCCAAGGGGGACUAAAUUCAGCUC